AUGAGUGUCGGCAGGUCGGUCAGUCUCGUCUGUCUGUCUGUCAGUCUGUGUAUUCCAAUUAGUAGUAGUAGUAGUACAGUAAUUGUAGAUGGUAUGAUAUAUGUAAAUGAUAGUAUUAAAUCAUUGGUAUUUGAAGAAUUGGAACAAUACUCUAAACAGGGGGCAGGUGGAAGUGGAGGAUUUUUACCGGCUGUUAAACAAAUUGCCAAUGUAGCCAGUUUGCCAGGUAUUGUUGGUCAUAGUUUGGGUAUGCCAGAUAUUCAUAGUGGCUAUGGAUUUUCGAUUGGAAACGUGGCUGCAUUUGAUGUGGAUGACCCCAGGUCGGUCGUGUCACCCGGUGGCGUAGGCUUUGAUAUUAAUUGUGGUGUACGUUUGCUACGUACUAAUCUCAUGGAAAAGGAUAUUGAUCCGAUCAAGGAGCAGUUGUGUCAAUCGUUGUUUGACCAUAUUCCCGUGGGUGUCGGAUCCAAGGGUGUCAUUCCAAUGGGUAGCAAGGCGCUAGAUGCCGCACUCGAGUUGGGAUUGGACUGGUCGUUGCGCGAGGGGUAUGCGUGGGUCGAGGACAAGGAGCACUGUGAAGAGUAUGGGCGUAUGCUUAAUGCCGACCCGUCCAAGGUGAGCGAGCGUGCCAAAAAGCGUGGACUCCCGCAAUUGGGCACUUUGGGUGCCGGCAACCACUACCUCGAGGUGCAAGUGGUCGAUGAGAUAUACGAUAAGGGUGCAGCCAAGAAAAUGGGUGUUGACAGACUCGGACAAGUGUGCGUGAUGAUCCAUAGCGGCAGCAGAGGGCUCGGCCAUCAGGUUGCAACCGAUUCAUUAACCUCGAUGGAAAAGGCUAUGGCACGUGACAAGAUUCAUCUCAAUGACAAACAGUUGGCAUGCGCUCAUAUCUCCUCACAAGAGGGUAAAGAUUAUUUGGCAGGUAUGGCAGCAGCCGCCAACUUUGCAUGGGUCAAUCGACAAAGUAUGACCUUUUUAGCACGUCAGACCUUUGCCAAGGCAUUCAACGCCUCACCCGACGACCUCGACAUGCACGUCAUUUACGACGUAUCACACAAUAUCGCCAAAUUUGAGGAACACAUGGUUGAUGGACGUCCCAAAAAAUUAUUGGUCCAUCGAAAGGGUGCCACACGUGCAUUUGGACCACACCACCCCCUCAUCCCCGUAGACUACCAGUUCACAGGCCAACCAGUCCUCAUUGGUGGUACUAUGGGCACACACAGCUACGUCUUGACCGGUACUGAAACCGGCAUGAGGGAGACAUUUGGCAGCACAUGUCAUGGAGCAGGUAGAUCUUGCUCGCGAAACAAAUCACGUAACAAUCUAUCAUACCAAGACGUACUCGACUCUCUCAAAAACAAGGGUAUCAGUAUCCGUAUCGCAUCACCAAAAUUAAUCAUGGAAGAAGCUCCAGAAUCCUAUAAAGACGUCGAUCAAGUCAUUGAAACUUGUCAUACUGCUGGUAUUUCUCAAAAAUCAUUUAGAUUACGACCAAUUGGUGUAAUUAAAGGUUAA